CGGAGACUGCCUCAGGCUGCUAAAUUUGUCUCAUGCAGGUUGCUGAUCUCAGUUUAUUUUGAAGACACUGUGAAAUUGUGGACUCUGACAAGAGGAACUCCAAUAGGCUAUGAUACCUUGUAUUCUAACAAUAGUGCGACAUGGUGAAACACAGUAUAACAGAGAUGGGAUGCUACAAGGGCAGAGUAUAGACUCACCACUUUCUGAGAUAGGAGAGAGACAGGCAGAAGCUGCUGGAAUCUACCUCAGAGAUGUCAAAUUCACCAAUGCAUUUGUGAGUGAUAUGCAACGAGCACGCCAGACGGCGGAAAUUAUUUUGAAAAACAAUAACAAUUCCGCGGGCGUACAGCUCAUGACUGACCCUCUAUUAAAAGAGAGAAGUUUUGGCAUUGUGGAGGGGCAACCUAUGGAUGUCAUGAGGAGUAUGGCAAAAGCAGCAGGACAGUUAGUUCCUGAUUUCACUCCUCCACAGGGGGAAACAGUGGAGCAGGUUAAGUUACGCUUUGCAGAAUUUCUAGGGAGCAUGUUGCAGCAGCUCAUGGAUGAACACAGACAUCAGGACAGCACCCAGAGCAUGCCUGUCCAUGUCCUGGUGAUCACACAUGGUGCCUACAUGAGAGUGGUGGUGCGAUAUAUGGUUGAAGAUUUGCAUUGCAGUUUUCACUCUGGAGUAGAUAAGUCACAUAUCUACUCAGCCUGUCCAAACACAGGUAUAAUGCGAUUUAUUUUCAACAUGAAAUGUAAUGAAUCCUCAACUCCUUCUGACCUACAGUGUCUCUUUGUCAACCAAUCCGACCAUAUCACAAUAGAAUUACAGUAAAGGAGAUGAUGAAACUGGGAGACAGAGACCAUGUUUAUGAAUUAAAUUUGUUAUUCUCCAUGUUUACGUAUUAAAUUGUUAUUCUCCCGAAA